AUGGAGAAGGCAACCCCGAUCAUGUUUAUCGGGACGGAAUUGGAUAUUUGGGACACCUUGUCCAUGGACAAGAAGGACGACAUCUUCGACGUGCCGAACAUCAAAAAGAUGAGCCAGACGCACUCGAAACACCUCUUUCCGAAAGACGACACCACAAACUCGUUCACAAACACCGCUAUAUAUUGUAAAGAAGCGCGCUAG